GAGGCGCGGGAACCUGUGGAAGCUGCGGAUGCCAGCUACCCGUGUUUGCGGGCCUCUGUGCCAGCCCGCCGAGAUUAGGAAGUGGCUGUUGGACUUGUUUCCGAAGGCUGAAUGAACUACAGAUCAUCAAAUACAGCAGCUCACCAAGAAGAUCUGGUUGCUUUGGGGGGAACGCCCCUCAGCGCCUGUGAGGGAUGUUGUUACUUGAUGACCAACUGAAGCCAGAUCUUCCUCAGGAGGUCUUUUGUAGGCUCUGGGCUGUGAUGGGGAAACUGCAGAGCAAACUUAGACACAGCACUUAUAUAUACAGGCCUGAUGGAGUUAUAGAAGAGAGAGUCCAGACUAACGCUUCCCAAGAGUACACCCCUGCCCAUGUGGACACAGUCUCUGUGGUUGCUACGCUGAACUCAGACCUUUGUAUCUCUGGAGGAAAAGACAAGACUGCUGUGGCCUAUAAUUGGAAAACUGGACACGUGGUGAAAAGGUUCACAGGACACGAGCGGGAAAUCACAAAGAUAGCCUGUAUUCCCAAAUCAAACCAGUUCUUCAGCGCCUCUCGAGACAAGACAGUCCUGAUGUGGGACCUGCAGGGCUCCUCCCAGCCCAGGCAGCAGCUGUCUGGACAUGCCAUGGUGGUCACUGGCUUGGCCGUGAGCCCAGACUCGUCGCAGCUGUGCACUGGCUCUCGGGACAACAGCCUGCUUCUGUGGGAUGUGGGGACUGGACAGUGUGUGGAGAACACGUCUGUCUCCAGGAACCUGGUCACACACCUGUGCUGGGUCCCAAGAGAGCCAUAUAUAGUCCAGACCUCCGAGGAUAAGACCAUCAGACUAUGGGACAGUCGGGGGCUUCAGGUGGCUCAUGUGUUUCCCACAAAGCAGCACAUCCAGACCCAUUGUGAAGUCAGCAUGGAUGGACACACGUGUAUCUCCUGCAGCAGUGGCUUUGGGGGUGAAGGCUGUGAAGCCACGUUGUGGGACCUAAGACAGACAAGAGACAGAAUAUGUGAGUAUAAGGGGCAUUUCCAGACAGUUGCAUCCUGUGUCUUUCUACCAAAGUCCACGGCCUUGACGCCUAUGAUUGCUACCUCUGCAUAUGACUCCAAGGUGAAGAUUUGGAACCAGGAUACUGGAGCUUGCCUUUUCACCUUAUCUCUGGAUGGAUCAGGACCCCUGACCUCACUGGCUGUUGGUGACAUCACCUCCUUGUUAUGUGCAAGUUUCUACAGAGGAGUUCACUUACUCAGAGUGAACCACAGCCGAGGACUGGAACUGCAGGAAGUGGCAGCCUUCUGAAACCAAGAGUUAUUGAUUGGAUAAUAUCAAACCAUGGCCCCUCUUUUCUGUGUGGCUUUGUGUUUUUCCACAUGAUCUUGGGGGACUGGGGAUUAGAGUUGGUGUUCUUUUCUUAGUUUUACUUAGAAGACAUCACUGUUAGAUGAUUCAAAAAAUCAGGGUAUUUGUUUGUUUGUACAAGUUUUACUCUGUAGCCCAGGCUGGCCUUGA